GAUAGUUUAAUUUUUUAUUUUUUUUAUAGUAUUUCUUUGAGCUGUUGUGAUCAUGCUUACAUAAGGAGCAUAGAGUUAACACGGAGAAAGCUAGGAGGGAUGACUAGCUGUAAGUCUGUCAUUGCUGGAUGGUUAGAGGCACGCCUGAGUCUUCUUCAACAGAGCAGUUCUUGAUGGGUCAUUCUAACUUCACAGAAAGAGAUGCUUUCCCUGAUGAAUUGUGAUCAUUUGUACCUCUGUCACCCUCUCCCUCUGUGUUUUUAUGAAUGAAUGAAUGCAUCACCAUUUGAUUUUGUCUCUCUCUCCGCUCUUGCCCCCCCCCCUUCUCAGAUCGGUGUGAUGACUGUGACGGUGGUACCAGUACGGUUGUUCUCUGCAGUGUUCCUCAUGUUGCUGGCCUGGCCCUUUGCUUUCGCUGCCUCUCUGGGACGAUCUGAACUGGUCGUGGAGACCGAGACCCGUUGACGGUUUCUCUCUUCUCACGGCGUGAGUCCGUGUCCGUGUAGUGGCUUCAUGCUCGUGUGGAGUGAUAGUUAAUCCCCCCCCUCUCUCUUGCUGUCUUUGUGCUCUCUCCCUCCCUCAGGUUUCAUGUCCU